UCAGUCACUCCUCUGUAUGACUUUCUUCCUUACAUUCUCUCACUUCCUCUUCUUCUUCAUCUUUCUCAUGUCUCAUUAGGGUUUUCACAUUUCAAGAUACAGGAAAGCAUUUGUCCUUCUCUUUUUCACUUUUUAACUUUGCCAAGAAAUAAAACGGCAAAAGAGAAAAAGAAAGAAAGCCUUUUUUUUUGGACAGUGAAUCUUGAACAUUUCUACAGACAGACAAGUUAUCUUGAAAAUCAAAGGAAAAUACCUUAACCUAAAGAACCUUAAAAUCCUUUGCUUUCAAGGUUUUUGGUCAGAGGAGAAGAUGGAGAGAUCUAGAUCUAAAAGAAACUACUAUUAUGACCAUCAACAGGACUAUGACAAUGAAAUUACCAUGAGUAGAACCAAACCCAGAUACAACAACAACACCAACAACACCAACAACAAUCACUACUUCCCUAAUAACAACCGUUAUCGUGGCGGCAGCAACAACAGCAACAACAACCGCCCAUCAAAGCCCCAACAAGACAACAGUUUGAUGGUAACCACAAGUUAUCGCAUUCUUUGUCACGACAUGAAAGCCGGUGGAGUAAUCGGCAAGUCAGGAACUAUCAUCAAGUCAAUUAGACAGCACACCGGCGCGUGGAUCAACGUCCAUGAGCUGAUCCCUGGUGAUGAAGAGCGAAUCAUUGAGAUUUCUGAUACCCGGCGGCGAGACCCCGAGGGACGAAUGCCGGCAUUUUCCCCGGCGCAGGAGGCGUUGUUCUUAAUACAUGAUAGGAUUCUUGAAAGUGAUGGGCAGUUUGGGAUGAGUUAUGCAAAUGAAGAAGAUGAGUAUGGUGGUAGAGGGAUUAACAAUAGUAACAAUAGAGUUGCUACAAGAUUGGUAGUGUCAAGAAUGCAUGUGGGUUGUUUGUUGGGUAAAGGAGGGAAGAUAAUUGAGCAAAUGAGGAUUGAGACAAAGACCCAGAUUAGGAUUUUGCCUAGAGAUCAUACUUUGCCUCGCUGCGUUUCCAUGUCUGAGGAGAUUGUUCAGGUUGUAGGUGAUGUGAAUGCAGUAAAAAAUGCAAUAGCAAUUAUUUCAUCACGCUUGAGGGAGAGUCAGCAUCGUGAUCGAAGUCAUGGAAAUUUUCAUGGGAGAAUGCACUCACCAGAACGAUUCUUUCCUGAUGACGAUUAUGUUCCUCAUAUGAAUAAUACAGGACGGCGUUCCUCUAUUGAUGGCCCUUCAUUUGGAUCACGAGCAUCUGGCCCCAAUUAUCGAAAUAGUAACUAUUCCUCACGGCAAUAUGGGUAUAAUGUUGAGGCUGGCGCUCCUGUGGCUGACAGUGCCCAGCCCUUUUAUGGAGAUGACCUUGUGUUUAGAAUGCUUUGCCCUGCAGACAAGGUUAACAAAGUUGUUGGAGAGUCUGAUGGCAUACUAGAUUUGCUUCAGAAUGAUAUUGGUGUGGAUGUAAAGGUUUCUGAUCCUGUAUCAGGGUCAGAUGAGCAGAUGAUAAUCAUUUCAUCUGAGGAGGGCCCUGAUGAUGAGCUAUUUCCUGCUCAAGAGGCUCUGUUGCAUAUUCAAACACACAUUAUUGAUCUUGUUCCUGAUAGCGACAAUAUAAUAAAAACUAAGUUAAUAGUCUCAUCUGGUGAAAUUGGAUGUUUAGAGGGAAGAGAUGGAUCGUUAUCUGAGAUGGAGAGAUUAACUGGUGCAAAAAUACAGAUCCUGCCAAGGGAAAAGCUUCCUGCUUGUGUAUCGGAAGCUGAUGAGCUUGUACAGAUUGAAGGGGAAAUAAAAGCAGCUCGCGUUGCUCUUGUUGAAGUGACAUCAAGACUGAGGAGUUAUUUGUACAAGGAGUACUUUCAAAAGGAUACACCACCUCCUAUUUCUGUGCCAAGCACUGGGAAUGCAUUAGGAAUGGAGGCUGCUUCUCCGAAUAACAUAAACCCACCUCGUGAUGGUCACAGUGGUGGUGAACCUCCUGCUGCAAACUAUCACACUCCAAAGACUGCAGCACCCAUACAACUAUCAAAGGAUGCUGGAGGGUCAAGCAUUGAAAAAGUGAAGCAGAAUGAAAGUGAACGCCGGGAAGAUGUGCCUGCUGCAGUAACUAGAAUCUCGGUACCACUUGUCACUAGGAGCAUUCUUGAAAUUGUAAUACCAGAUCAUGCAGUUCCCAAGCUGGUAACGAAAUCAAAAAACAAGCUUGCACAAAUCAGCGAGUUAUCUGGGGCCAAUGUAACCCUAUUAGAAGAUAGACCAGAGGUGACUGAAAAGAUUAUACAAAUAUCUGGUACUCCAGAGCAAGUAGAGAGAGCACAGAGCUUGCUUCAGGGCUUUAUUUUAAGUACACAAGAAGAUGGACCUUAAGGAUGCAAAGCAGUCAGACUACAAGUCCAGUUGGCUACACAAAUGGGGAAGAACCAUUCAUAUAUAUCCAGAAGCUAAUCCUAGAUAUGUAAUCCUAACAAGCAAGGAGCAUUUUGUCUCUUAAUUUUGGCAUUGCAUCAAUCGGUUUGCAUGUCUUUCGCUUGGCUGUUCUAAAUAUGAAAUUUUCGAAACAGAGUUCCAAUGUAAAUAAAACUUUGGAGAGAGCUCUCCUUUGUUUUUAAGCAAUCCUUCAGUUUUCCUGUGUCAAUACGAGAUUGCUUUUGUUUCUGCUGUUUA